CGGCGAUUCGAGCCUUCUGCAAGGUUAUUUCAAAUUUAUCCAAGUCGUCCACCAAGCGACAUAGUGCUUACUUAGGGGGGAGCCUCCCAUCUUAUCUGUCUUCUACUCCGUAUUUUCUCUUUGUCCUCCAUCGAUUUUCGCCUGCCGCCACGCAUGUCAUCAUGCAUCCGCGCCUUUUGCUUUCCCGGGGAGACGACCUUCCUACCCGGAAGGCUGCCGUCUACGGCGUUGGCAUUGGCUUCAUGGCGUUUAUUUCGAUUGUGAUAGCUCUGCGCUUAUGGGUCCGCAUCUUCAUGUUGCGUGCAAUGGGGACAGAUGACGUGUUGAUGGUAGUGGGAACUCUCCUCACUUUUGGGUUAACAAUUACCACUAUGAUUGGAACUCAAUAUGGCAUCGGAAAACAUCUUUCUGAUAUCAACCUGGAGGACUACGAGGCCUUGUUCAAGUCGGUCUGGGCCACUCGUAUUCUUUACACUGUGGGCAUGGGAUUUGUGAAAAUGUCUCUGCUUUGGUUCUUCCUCCGUCUUGACCAGCGUUGGUGGAUGAGAUGGUCGGUGUUUUUUGUGAUGUUCAUUGUGGUGGGAUUAUCCUUCGCAAGCUUUGUGGGGUCCAUUGUCUCCUGUACUCCGCCGUCGAAGUUUUGGGAUGUGACGGGUGAAAGGCCGGGGCAUUGCAUGUCACCCGGGCCACAGCAGGACUUUUAUGAGGUCAACGGCAUCUUGAACAUUGUAACGGAUAUCCUCAUCUGGCUCUUGCCCAUCCCGAUGCUGUGGCAGCUUCACAUCACCCUGGUAGCUGCCAUUUUUGGUGUGUUUUCAAUAGGUAUUCUAGCUCUUUCAGCUGCAUGUGUUCGCUACAAUUUUGUGCUCGACCUGGAAGGCAAUAAAGAUCAAUUCUAUCCUCUAGCUGAUUCGCUCAAUUGGUGCACUAUCGAGGUCUACGUCGCAAUUUUCUGCGGCUCGGCCCCAUCCCUCUCCGUCCUGAUCAAAACCUACGCACCGCGCGUCUUCGGUACCUCCAAAGCUCAAAACUACGCCAGCGGCACGCCCACUCCCGGACACAACCUCGCUAAUAAACUGCCCAAAACCAGUCGACACCGACGUUUAGAAGAGACGACGGGGCUGGGUAGUCAGGAUGCGAUCGUGCUGAACGAGCGAGAGCCGGAUGGCAUCACGCUGAAGACCGAUAUCCACAUGGAAGUUACAGAUGGGAAUGGCGCUUAUGUCAGGGAGACGUACAGUGACUUCACACGAAGGGCGUGAAGGUCCGGGUUUUCAAUUUGGACAACCCCUUGGUUUCAGUUCAUACACCUUUUCGGAAUACUGAAGCCUAGAUACAGCGAUUCGAUUUGACGUCCGAAUUUAUUGGGGUGUCAGGGUGGACCAUUAUCCGACCCGUUUCCGCUCUUUAUCCGCCGUCAUGUUGGAGUCAGUCGACAAUGUCUGGUCGCAGGAUCGAGUAUCAACUGGUCAACGUCACCGUCACGCUUUUCGAGCAGGGUUUGGCAUCUUGCCGGCAUGGCGACCAAGCUAGACACCCGCCUGAUCCACAAGCAAUCGAUUAACGCUCUUGUCCAAUGCGCCGCGACGGAUGCACUUCCUUGGCUAUCGGUAUGGUCUCUUAUCAAAUGGCUAACUGUUAGCGAAUCGCUCAAACAGCUACGCCACCUAAGGAAACGAGCUUGCACGUCUCAUUUACUCAUCUACCCUUUUAGAU